AUGAAUUUCGAGACUAGGGGUAACAAAAAAGAAAAGCACGAGCUAUUGGAGGGACAAGACGGUGAAAUUGAAGGGCUUAAUCAGGACACAUGGGUAGCGACUUACAUCGCCCAAAUCAAGUCAGCAUUGGCAUCGAUAGAAUACCCGUAUCACAUCUUGUGCAAAGGAGAUGAUGUGACGGUAUGCUUUGCUAUUCCACCAACCAUCUACGAGACAUCUUCAAUGGCGGAGAUCCGCGACGAUUUGGUGAAUCGCAUAGCAUCCACCUUAGGCGAGCUCGGUCAUACAAUCAAGACAGAAGAGUCAUAUGGCUCAGAAACAUAUUUCGCGUUCUCGAAAGCUGCAUCGAUAGCAUCUAUUGAGUUACCACAGACCUUGAGAAAGAUCCAAAAAGUCUAUGGUGCUACAAACGCGUUUGUUGCCACGUUUGAUGAAUAUAUCGGGUCAGCGUUUAGUAACGCCCAUUCAGCAUGCAAGGUCAGUAGUCAAACAUGCAGCCAAUUUCUUGUAGCAUGCGAUCGAGCAACCUGGCAUAUUCUUUCCACUCCCGCUUAUAGUCAGCUAACUGACCAGCAGCUCUUAGCGUGUCUCCUGGUACCCAAUAUGCUAGGAGGGUCCUCUCCAUCAUAUACCUUCAUAAUAUGCCUGAACAACGGAUGCCAAGAAGUGGACGUCUUUGAUCACCAGAGCUACUCCUGCAAAAAAUCCGUCGCAGGAGAGCUGUGUACUGUUGACACACUCGAAAUCGUAAAGAUUAAUCCAUUCAAGCAGGAGGCUUGCCUUCGCCUGACAAGCAACAGCACAAGUCUUCUAGAGGUGAAACUGCUAUGGAAAGCACUUGAUCUUAUUUGUGAGAAGGAGACCGUAAUGUUCACUCGAAACACCACUUAUGGACUUUUGGACAGCAAACGAUGCCCUCACAAAGGAUUAUGUGUUGGUCAGAAAUGUGGAGAAGUAACAUCGUUCCUCGAAAAUACCUGA